CAAAAGGUGGGAAGCGAGUGGUUGGCUGCACUCUGGCUGGCGCGCACGCCGCGGUGACCUGUGGGAGGCGCACAGGUAGACAGGUAGACAGGUAGCGAUCGCUGUGUAGUUACAGGUGAGCGGUCCUCCCGACAAGCGGGGGGAUACCACAGGGGAGACUAGCUGGCUGAGCGCUCACACAAUCAUGAGCAUCACCUGGACAGUUGUUCUUCACGCAUCGCGGUGCAGGUGGCGCGAGGAGGAGGAGAGUAAGUCAAGCAGACGGCGCCCUCGACAACGCACUUUCCACCCUGCUUACACCCGGGUUUUACAAGUUCGUGUGCACCUUUGAUCGGUUAGGAAAGCAGCGAUGGAAGUUGAAAAGGUAUCUUUGGUUGUCAACAACAAACAACAAACAACAAACGACAGCCCCACCGCCGGAAGUCAUCCUGAGGCGAGCUAGCGAUACAGAAGCCUCUUCCAGCUGGGAGCCAUCCUGAGCAUCUUCGUGGCCAGAAAUUAUGAGCACAGAAGGAUUUUCCAGGAUAACGACUGCGCCAACAACAACAGUUUUUGUGUUGGCUGUUUGUGGUUGUGGUGGCGGUUGGUGGUUGUUUCAGGUGUAGGAAUACUGCGGCCGUGAAGACAAUCUGAUGAUUAGCUGAUGCCGCUCAGCUCUUGCCAGAGCUUCUAACGAUGUUACAAACAUUCCGAACAAAGUUCAGUGACUGCAGACUUUGGCAAGAACGACAGAGCAGAGAGAAGAAAGUAGUGAUUGUCGAGAGAAGAUAGAGUCCUGUGACGUGUCACCACGUGCAGAGUUCACUGAUCUGCAUGGCCGCUCACAGACCUACCCCGGGUACUCAGCAUCACGAACAUCCCGCUGUGCAAACAACUUGACAACAGUCGACAGACUUUCUCGUCCUUCACCUUCUCCUUCCACCAGUCGUGACCGGAAGUAGUUCUUCUUGGUGUAAACCGACUCAUCCGCAACCAUGACGUCAGAGAUCGAAGCCCCGCCCCUGUCGCGCGCGCAGCGUGUGAAGCGGACCGUGAAGUACGCCGUCAAACGAACCCUGACGUUCCUGCUGUCGCACGUGGGGCUGACGUCACUGGUGGUGGGCUACGUCAUCCUGGGAGGUUUGAUCUUCAUGUCGCUGGAGGCGCAGGAGGAGAUCAAGCAGCGCGUGAAGGCCGAGAACAUUCGCGACAAGAGCGUCGACGCCAUCCGCGACCUCAUCGUGCAGCUCGCCACGCCUGAAUCCAACAACAACAACAACAGCACCACCACCACCAACACUACCGUCGACACGACUGGAGGUGAUGUGACCUCGAGCGACACGAACCUCUGGACAGAGUUCACAGAGGUCAGGUCCAACUUGUCCUCGGUCGACGUCCAGGUGUCGUCAUCAGAAGCUCUGGAGUCGAACAUAACCGUCGUUCCGUUUCCUGCAGGUGAGUCACGAGACUCCAGUCAGGAGGUGAACGAAAAGUUAGUUAGAAAGACAGACAGUGGAAAUGAAGGCGAGGCAGCGUCUGUCUUGGACAAGGACAAGGCUUGGGUGCCUGGACGUGGAAACGAGGAACUUUGGAUGAGAAGAAAACCUUUUGACCCCCAGGAAAGCACGCGAGAACUGACGAGAAGGCAGCAAAGCAUGCAGGCUAUACAGACACGUCCUCACCGUCCUCACCGUCACCAUCCUCACCAGACGAACGGCACCAACCAGCCGGUGAGGUCCCUUCAGACUUUCGCGGACAACUACAACCAACAGCUGCAGCACCGCCAUGCGUUACCAGGCAACCAGGUAGCCGCCAUGACAGGUAGUAAGCAUCGUGUUGCCAGGACGAGGCGGGAGGACAAGGGUCAGCAACACACGCAGCUGCAGCACGCGGCGACGGCAGCGGAAACGAAGCGGCAGGCGGAGGCGGAGGCGGAGCGGAGGGAGCAGAUGAUGAGUGAAGUGAGGAGGCUGGUGAAGGAGUUCGAGCUCGAGACGCACGAGCUGACCGUGACCUACAACUGGGACGGCGCCUACACGGACACCGAGGACCUGCAGUGGUCAUUUCCGGGCGCCAUGUUGUACUCCGUGACAGUCAUCACCACAAUAGGCUACGGACACCUGGCGCCCAAGACGAACCUCGGUCGUGUGGUUACCAUGGGUUACGCCAUUGUGGGGAUACCACUCACCGUGCUGUGCGUGCGCAACAUCGGAAGUCUCCUGAGUGUCAUCGUCACUGGCAUCUAUCGACACGUGUUCGUCGGCCUCGUUAUGAGAUGGAGACUAGCCAAGGCACGCAUGCGCAGAUCGCGACGAAUCAACCUAAUUAAGGAAGUGAUGAACGACGGCGCGCGCAGGCUGAGCACGCAGCUGUCCCGCCAUUGGCUGACCAUCGACCGCCACCUGGUGAGGGACCAGGAGCUGCGCAAGUCCCUGCGGCGACUGAGAAAAGAACGGAAACGAUGGCGUCUGGGGCGAAUGGGGACCAGGACACACAGUUCAGAGGACACCGAACCAUUUGAGGAAGAGGACGACAAAGAGGAGGAGGAGGAAAGACAGGAAGACGAAGACGUGGAGGAGAAAGAUGAAGUUGAAGAAGACAAGAGUCUGGGUGACAUUCAAUCGAAAAUUACAGUUUCAGGAACCAGAACUGCGAGAGUACACUGGAAGGAAGCCACGAAAAUAAGUGGCGAAGGAGACAUACAUAAAGAAAAUAAAGAAAGAAUAGAACAAAUAAAGUCUGACUCGAAAGAAGAAGAAAGAAAGAAACGAGUGAAAGUGUCCAGUGAUCCAACAUUUACAGGUAACAAGUCUGACAGUCAUAGGAAGGACAAAUCCAGGUGUGAAUUUGAUCCCGUGGCAGGAGAGAUUCAAACGGUUAUGACAGUGCAAAGGUCAGGAUGCAGUGACAUUGGUGUAUGCCAGGAGACAGAGAUGAAGGAAGGAGGUGACAAAGAUGUCAGCUGUCAACAAGAGGAGACAACUUUGAAAAGAAGGUCGGUAAGAAAGGGACGGGUAGAGAGAACGGCUUCCAACAGGAGCUGCGACAGUACCCAGAGUACCCGAGAAACAGAAGACAAUCGCAAGGUGAAGAUGAGGAACUCGCCCACCAAACGGUCUGUGCAAAGAAGGAAGGACAAGCGACUGGAACGUGCGAGGAGCGUGUUCCUGGAGGAACAGGAGAAACUCAGGCGUCUGCUGCUGGAAGCGACUCGCUCCUCCACCCACAAGCCCCCCGCGCCGCGCGGCAGGAGCCAUUCCUUCGACGCAACGGGCUCCACCAACGACAACAACGACAUCGACGCUGUCAAGGAUGAAGCAGGAGGAGCAACAAGACACCGACAGGAGGGGUCGAAGGUCGAAGGAAGGAGAUUGAAGGCAGGGAGGCCAUCUUCGCUUCACAUCCGAUCCCAGCCAACCACACCUGCCGCCAGACGACAAGCGCGCGACGACACUCGAGGUAAACAAACAUCUUCUUCUUCAUUGGCGAGAAGCUCCAGCCACCGUGGUGGUCGUCCCUUGUCCUCCACCCUGGACUCCGACAACCUGACCUCCCCACGCAGGUCGCAAAUGCAGGGAGCAGGUGAGGUGGGAGCGUUCAGAGGAAGCCCAGCACGUGCAGCAGGUGACUUGGGAGGAGCGCGCGACGAGGAGGACGAGGUGGUGGUGGAGGAAGACGACGAGGAGGACGAGGACCCUCUCAGCAAGCCGCCAGACACGUCCAGUGUCCGGGUACCCGCGUGGGUGACGCUGCUGAUCAUGACCGCCUACAUCCUGGGUGGCGCAGUCAUGUUCACCAUGUGGGAGGACGACUGGGACUUCCUGGAGGGCUGCUACUUCUGCUUCAUCACCCUCUCCACCAUCGGCUUCGGCGACUGUCCCGGCACCAGCCUGGACUCGUGGGCGGCGCAGGAGAAGUGGACCAUGUGCUGCGUGUACCUGCUCUUCGGGAUGGCCAUGCAGUCCAUGUGCUUCCACCUCAUGCAGGAAGAGGUUCGAGCCUCUGUCCGGAGCCUGGCCGCCCGCUGCGGUCUCGCCACCAAAAACGAUGCAAUGGUAGAGGACGUGGUCGAUGAUUUUCAAAACACGGAGACAAACACUAAGACAAAGGAAGUUGUAACAUAGAGUGUGACUGCGGCUUGUAGACUGUCAGGACUGUACCCAGGGUAGAUGGGCAUGAGCUGUACACUGUCAGCCUGCACCAGCGGGUCGAUGAGUUGUCGGACAAUGAAGACGAUGAAAUGUGGAACUGGCCUGAGAUGAUUUGUUGCUACGCCUCAGCUCUCAGAACUAAUGAUCAGCACGGAGCCAAGAGGACAGAAAUGGACUCUGGGGGAAAUCAAUCGGGUAGACAGGGAAAACAUUUCUCGGGCACCCAAGACUGAAGAGGCUGGAUGUUUAUUCUCUGAAGCAAAGUGCUGUGAUCUGAGUGUUUUCUUUAUUCCUAAUGUGAUGAUUGAGGAUUGUAGAGAAGGAGGGAAAUGAGGAGGGGGAACCGUAUUGCCCAGCACGUGUCACAUUCACAGUGAAAUAUUCGUCAAGUCCGGAGACGGAAUGUGAACCGGACACCUUACGAUGAAUAAUAAAAAUAUUUCCUUGUAUAAAUCUGUUUAUUUGUAUACAUCUGUUUACUU